GCCUGUAUUUGCAGUUUCUUUCGCGCUGUUACAUACGGCCUCGUUGUUAUCCGGACACUAUAGUUUCUGACAGGUGAUCAUCCAACCAUGAAUCCAGGAGGAGGGAAUUGAAACAACACACACAAACAAAAAAAGAACUCGAACCCGUCUCUCUUACGUCCGCCGUCAACAACCGCUCUACCGAAACAUUCCUGCGUGACUCCAGUUCAAAAUGUACGGUAGUCAGCAAAUAGCUUGCCAGUCACUGCUAGAGCCGUGUAGCGGAGAGAUCGUGUAGUGUGCAGAGAAAAGCCGCAAUGGUGCGCUGAGGAGAGGUACAACUAGUGCAAACAAGGCAAGACGAUACAUUAAUUGUGUUUCUAAUGUACUGGCCGUGUGUACACAUUUCUUGUGAUUUAAAGUGGCAAUAUUGCAAACAAGAAGACUUGCAGAACGAAAUGCCUUACUAGCGAAUGGCCAUGUGAUCUAUGGAUAGAUACAUUACCUCCUGGAUCAACUGUGAGCAAAUGCGUUGCUAAGGUGCUGGUCAUCUGCAAACAUUGUCGUGUCUAUGCUUUUGUGUGAUUUCAAAGUCGGAAAGUUCACAUUGAAACAAGACUCAGCUAGUUCAAAGACCACGAAUAAAGGUGAAACUACAAUAUCAGUUCAUGUUUAAUUAAGUUCGUGUGUUGGAAACGAUGCUGUAACCAAAUACCGUUACAAGAUAGAUUGUAGUGGUCAGGACGUUUAACUUCCUGAGGCUGAUUCCGACCGCUGAAGAUGACCUACUCGUAGGCUUACUUACAUGCAGUAGUGAGAAGGUUCGUUGUGAAGCAACGGGCAGUCUCCUGAAAUGUUACUAUCGUGCGACACUCGCAUAUACAGCUACAAGAUUAAACAGCAUUUGGAACAUCUUCAGAAGGGGACAACACAGUGUUUUUCUAAGUGAGACUGAAUGUGCCAUUUCAAUUGAAAAUUCUAAGUGUUUAACAUAGUGAGAUAAACAUUCAUACAUCAUUCAGACAGUGUUGUUUAUCUUGAGAUCAGUAUUACGCGAACAGUAAUAAAAUGAUGUUAAAAUAUGAAAUAAAAUUUGUUGGCUGUACAGUUGAUAUAGUGCUUGGAGAUCAAAUAUUGAGGUUCUAACACUGGAAUGCAGCCAGCGCUCACAAGAGUAUCUGCGUGUACCAAGAGAACGGCUACGACGAAACGCGAUUCUAUGCAAAAUGGUGGUUCCUCCUCAUCAGCAGAUGGAGUACUGCUCCUUAAUCCCAAAUUAUUCAGCCCCAUCAUCUGUCUGCACAUCUGACAGCAGUGGAGGGGGCAAUGGGCAAGGCAGAACACGAAUCAUACUCCUUCACCGACGACUGACAGGGAAUCAUCAUGGUCCACCGAACUUUGGAUUCUCAGUUCGCGGUGGUAGAGAGCAUGGCACUGGAUUCUUUGUUUCUGCAGUGGAACAAGGAUCAGAGGCACAUUGUCAGGGACUGAAGAUUGGCGAUCAGAUCAUGAGGAUAAAUGGAUAUUCAGUAGUGGAUGCUGUCCACCGGGAGGUGUUGUCAUACAUAAAGAAUCAGAAUCACCUCGAACUCAGAGUCAGAACUGUUGGCAUGAUUCCUGUCAAAGACAAGCGCACAGACCCGUUGACAUGGCGAGUUGUGGAGAAUGACAGAUCACUGUCACCACCAGAACUCUGCAAAGCUGUGUAUAAUGGGAACAGUGAAGACAUCAUAAGAGAUGUGAGACUGUUCCUGAAUGUUGCACCACGCAUGAAACUGGAAUGUGGAAUCUGCAAAGGUCCAGAAUGGAAACCUGGGAUCUUUGUCCAGUUCACAAAAGAGAAUGGUUUGGCACGAGAAGCAGGAUUGCAGCCAGGAGAUCAGAUCUUGCAGUGCAACGGUGUACCUUUCAUUGACAUUCCAUUUGGUGAUGCUGUGAAUGUACUCAAGACAUCUCAGCAGCUGGACCUAAUAAUUAGGAAGGGGUCCGGUUUGGACUUAUUUCCAGGAGAGUCCUCUGGGUACAACAGCUCAGCUAGCAGUGUGAAUGGGGAUCAGAGUCCAAGUUGGAGUGAUACCAAGAGGCUGUCCAUUGUCAAAGAGGAGUGUGUGGAGCUGGAGGAUAGAUUGGGGCAGUUAGAAUCCAAUCAUUGCAUCAAAGAUUGGGACCAGAUUGAGCAUGACUGGGAGAAGGCAGAGCCAAAACAAAGGAGGAAAAACUCACCUGUUUUACGAGUUCACUUUGAGGAAAAUGGAAGUAAUCACAGCAUGGAUGAAACCAACAGAGACAUGAGUGAACUGAGUCUACUAAGCAGUGGGUGCAAUAGUGUUAAUGGUACAGAUGGACAGUGUUCAAAACAGAAAUGUGCAGAUGGUACUAAACUUGCUGAAAUCCGCAUGGUGUCUCAGCAAUCAGAGACAAAGACAGUGGUGGUGGAAGUCCACCGGAGUGAGGAAGUAGAUGAUUCUGUGGCCACAUCUAAAAGUACUCCCACCUUGGAAAGAUUAACAGCUGAUGAGGAAUCAAAAGAGCACAACUCUUUAGUAAAGAGUCCGUCUAGCAACUCAUUUGGCAGUGUGGGCAGUAGCAGUGCUGGUAGUCUCUCCAGUGCCAUCAGCCAGGAGCUGCAGAGGAGAUCACAGCGUCGUGAAAAUGAAGGUUACAGAGAACCAGAAAGAAAAAAAGAUAUCCUCAAAUCAAUUGAUGGAGAAAAACGACAACAGCAUGAACAGCUGAUGGAUGAGUUCAAACGUGUACAUCGCAAAAUGUUCGCCCAUAGCACUGUUGCAGAGAAUGAGGGCAGCACCUGUUGCCACUCUGAAACAGCAGAGCUCAGGAUAUCUGGCUCUUUGGAAGAGCGUGAAUUAUUCCAAAGAAAACGACCACAGAAGGAUGACAAAGAAGAAAAGGUGUCUCAUCAGAGAACCUUGGUAACAAAAAAUGAGCGUACAUUGCGAGACCAACAUGGUAUGAGUGAUGUGCGAGAUGUGACCAUAGUGACAAGAAAGAACACAGAUGUACCUCCUCCUCCUCCAAUGCCAACAAGUGAAUCAGAAAGUUCAAGUUCAUCCUGGAAGACAUCUUCACCAGCUUUAUCAGUGGCAUCAGCAAAUGGGAGGCCACCAUCCUGUCCAACACCUGAUUAUGACACAAGUUCAUCUUCAUCAGUAUCUUCUCCUGCUGGGUCUCUCAGUAAUGGGAGCAAGAACCCUGCUCAUCAAGGAAAACUCUACUCACCUUCAUAUACGUGUAUAAAUACAAGCAUAAAACCAAUGCUCAACCCCCAGAGCAGACUCGCUGCAACAAAUACAGCUAAAAACACUGCUCCUACUAGUCAAACUACUCCAAAAAAUGCUGACACUGUGGAAAUGCAGUCCAUAGAGUCUUUCAGGCUUAAAAAUCCUCAGUCACCAAAACCGAGGCCACCUGAAACAUACUUUGUUCCAGUAAGAACCAAGAAAAAAGCACAGAAUUCAAGUGAUACCAACCAAUUAACAUGGAGAGAGGAGCAACUGGCAGGUAAGCAGCGGCCAGUCUCCAUAACGAUAGGUGAAUAUCCAUCAGGAGUAGAGAGGAGAAUUCCAACACGUUUUGAUUUCCUUUCAACAAAUGUUACUGAUGUCAAGAAGCCGGUGUCAUCAGUUGACAGCUCCAAUAUCACCUGCCAACUGCAGUCUGAGCUGGCUCAGACACUGUCAAGAUCAAAUCUAAGGAAACAAACUGAUUCACAGGUUCCUCUGCAAAAUGGAAUUUCAAAAGAUACUGCUUCAGCAAAAGGCACUGUAACAAUCUCUGUCAACUGCCAACAUCCCAUUAGAAACAUCUCCAAUGCCAGGCCAUCACAUGGCUACACCAGUAGCCCACAAGAUACAAAUGGUGCAAAUAAAAUCCAUAUUGAAAGCAAUAAUAAUUCUAGGAGUAAGGUUUCAGUUGUUUCAACAGAAUGUAAAACUCAAGUUUCACAGUUAAUUAAUCCAGCAAUACAAACUAUUGCAGAUAAGAUAGGAAAAUCAUUGGGAACAAACACUAGAAUGACCAUUACAGUGCCAAAUGGUGUGCAGUCAAGUGAAUAGGAAUCUCAUACAGUGUGAAGUGGUGCAGAUACUUCUUUCUGAAAGAUACUGGCAUGGAAUAUUAUUGAACAGAUGGCAGUUUACAUCAAAUGUGACUAUAGGUGGACCAUGAUUGCUACUUAGGCUCUGACUCUGGUGGUCUACAUGAUACAAACCAAGGUAUAUAAAUGGGUAUGGUAUAAUUUUAAUAAGUGUUCAAACCAUGUAAUAAGAAACAACACUGGAAAGAUUUACAUCAGUUCAAAGACAUAUUUUCCAAAUUUGUUCCUUGUUUAUUUUUAAUCCCUCAUUUCAUUUGAUUUUCAUGUAUUGUAUGUAUAUUACACUACAUAAAAUCUGUUUCCUUGUAUUUGUUUAAAUACUGAUAAUGAAAAUUUUUUAAAUAAAUUAGUAUACCAUAACAUGUUCUGUAUUGCAUAUUAUGUACCAAUUCUUCUGUACAAUCCAUUUUUUUCCUUUCACAAAUUUGGUCAAAUUUUAUUUGAGUUUUAUAUAACAGAUAAUGGAUAUGUACUGAUUUGGUCCAAACUUAAAUUCAUCUUGCACAUUUUAGCAAAGACAUACCAUAUUCAGUCAGAAUCAAUUCAGUAGUUUUGGAGAUGAAAUAUAUACAGAUUGAUGCAGUCUCCUCAUUAUACACUCAUUUAAUGCAUUUUAUGUAAAAAAUGCUUACAGAUAUAAGCCAUCCAGCAAUAAAGGCCACUAAAAUGAAGGCAAUAUGCAGAUCAAAUGAAGGAUUAAAUGCAUGUCAACUUCCUGUCUCCCCCUCCCUUUUAGGACAUGCAGACUAAUGCAAAGCAAAUUUGCUGUGCCUUUCAACUCCAGAAUAGCACAGCACUUUAUACUUACUCUUUGAAUCAAACGUCGGAUUCAGGUUCCUUGCCAUUGACCAUCAUCGGUGUAUUAUUAUUAUUAUUAUUACUAUUAUUAUUAUAUGAACUGCAGCAAUAGCAAACAACUUAGAAACCCUGAUAUAAUCCCACAUUAUUCAACUAUAUGCAAAUGUACUUGCAACAGUGUUUCAUUUAGUAUAAAACACUGAAGCUAGUAAACUGAAAUCCUUAGAAAACUCCAGAAAUCUUUCUAUAAUUGAGAACAAAAAAAUAAAUAAAUAAACAAUAAACUACAUGAACUCAA